AAACUCCUGGAUGUGUCAGAAAUGCGUAAGCCCGUUUAUAACUUAAACUGCUUUUAGAAAACUAAUGUUCUUGUAACAUGUACUCAAUUUAACGAAAGAUUGAUUAAAAUUUGAUCUAUUUCAGAACAUAAUAAUAUGUAAUAAAAUAAUUUGUUUAACAAUAAACGAGCCUUUUUUUUUGUUACUAUUUUGUACAAUAUAACAACAACCAUACCUCUGCGAUUCGAGUGUUUACGAAAUCCUACUCAUAAUUUUAGACUGUCAAAAAUUUAAAAAAAUAAAGUUGUAUUUGAUUAUUUGGUGUUUUGAGGGUAUUUUUAGAUCAUUAACUGUUUCGUAACUGCGUGAUCACUGACGGGUUUACAUUUAGUUCAGAUGUGAAAUGGAUGAAAUAAACACGGACGACUUGUUCAACUUCAACGUGGGUAUUCUGGGGCACGUGGACAGCGGAAAGACGUGCUUGGCCCGGGCCGUGAGCACGACGGCCAGCACGGCCUCCUUCGACAAGAACCCGCAGUCCCAGGAGCGCGGAAUCACCCUGGACCUGGGCUUCAGCUCGGCCGUGCUGGAGGUGCCUCGGCACUUGGCCGACAGCGGGAAGAAGUACGUCCAGUACACCUUCGUCGACUGCCCGGGCCACGCGUCUCUGAUUCGUACCAUCAUUGGAGGCUCCCAGAUAAUAGACCUGAUGCUGUUGGUGGUGGACGUGCUGAAAGGAGUGCAGACACAGACGGCCGAGUGUCUCGUCAUUGGCGAGGUGACGUGUCGCAAGAUGAUCGUCGUGCUCAAUAAGAUAGACCUGCUGUCCCCAGAGAAGAGAGAGGCCACCAUUCAAAAGAUAAGCAAGAAAAUGAAACUAACACUGGAAGGUUCUGUGUUCAGAGAUGCUCCAGUGGUUAGUGUGGCUGCCAAGCCUGGAGGAACUGAGGCCCUCCAAUCAAAUGCUCCUAUUGGGCUGCAGGGUCUGAUGGAGACCUUGAAGGGGCUGACCUUCCUGCCGCAGCGAGACUCCUCCCUGCCGUUCCUCAUGGCCGUGGACCACUGCUUCCCCAUCCGCGGCAAGGGCAGCGUGCUCACUGGCACCGUGCUGCAGGGAGCCGUCCGCGUCGGCGACGUGGUGGAGGUAGCCUCGCUCGGCCUCGCCAGGAAGGUGCGGUCGCUGCAGAUGUUCCGCAGGCCGGUGGAGCAGGCGGGCCAAGGCGACCGCCUGGGCAUGUGCCUCACCCAGCUGGACCCGGGCGCUCUGGAGCGGGGCAUGGUCUGCCUCCCGGGCUCCGUGCCGUCCGUCCGCCUGGCCGUGGCGGCGGUCAGCAGGAUCCAGUACUUCAAGGGCGCGGUGCGCAGCAAGGCCAGGCUCCACGUGAUCCUGGGCCACGACACGGUCAUGGCCAGGCUGACCGUGUUCGGGGAGCCGGGGGCGGGGCUGGAGGGCUUCCACCCCUCCCGGGAGUACCGCUACCAGGAGGAGCUGUCGGAGCGGCCCCAGCUGGUGCUCCUGGAGUUCCAGCGGCCGGUCCUCAUGCCUCCCCGCAGAAGUGUGGUGAUUGGCUGUCGACUGGAUGAGGAUGUGCACACAAAUGCAUGUCGCCUAGCUUUCCAAGGACAUGUGGAGGCGCAACUGGCUAACGCGGGUACCCUGCAGAUUUACAAGGAAAAAAGCCGCGUGGGUUGCGUGCAGAGGGCGGCCUCGCAAGACGAGGUGGUGGUCGCAGGCCUCUUCCAGAACCACACCAAGUCCCAGCAGUUCCUGGGACUGAAGGUGCAGCUGUCCACUGGCGAGGAGGGAGUUCUCACCAGCACAUUCGGCCAGGGUGGCAAGGUCAAGGUGCAGGUACCAGGUGGGCUGCUGCAGUCCACGCUCGACCGACUGGCCUCCAAGAAGGGCAGGAGGUCGGCACCAGAGGGCACUGUUGCUGCCGAGCCUGUCCGGGCCACGCUGCACUUCAGGAGAUACGUGUACGACCCACUUAAGAGGAUCGUGCAGGCCUCGUAGUGAUGCUCCGAGUACAGUUGUGAAAUACAUGCGCGCGUAAAUCGAGGAACAGACAUUUACGUAUUAACUAACUGCAGUUUCCAACGUAACUAAUCAAAGAACAAUUUUUAAAUGAAAAUAUUUGCUGAUAGAACUUACAUCACUAGCAUUGUGCCUAUGCUGCAAACAUCUGCAUUUUUCCACGACAUUAUUAUACAUAAAUGCGUAAAGUUACAUAGCUGCUUGCUUAACUUUUCUGCGGUGCUCCAUCUGUUCCAAGGCAUUGGCUACUCGCAGAGCAUAGUUGCCAUAAAGUGGGAGGGUCCCUAGCUUGGCACAGUAAACAUACGCCUGUGUCCUUGUGCAUAUGUGGUGCACUACUCAGAGCUAUAGUUGUUCCACUGUGUCAGAGUACUCGUCACUGACUGAAGCGCACAGAGUGCAGUUCCCAGCUGCCACGCCAUGAAACGUUCGCCUCUGCGACUUUGCAUUCCGAACCAUCCUUCCCCCUGCUUGUCUGUGAAACAGAAUUCAGCCAAUCAUCUUCAAGCGUGGCAUUAUCAAAUAUUAUUUUUUUUGUUCAGAUAAACAUAUGGUGUACCUACAUGUGCUAUGCCAGUAGGGUUAAAAUAUGUACAUUUCAACUGUGAUAAUUCUGACUCCUUCUAGGAAAUGUUAAGAUGUGCUAUGUUUCAAUUUGUAAAUACAGUAUAACCCCGAUUUAACGAAGUGCUACGGUAACCGAAAAUGUUUACUCUAAAUCGAUGUUUCGUUAAAUCCGAUUUACCGAUUUUCAAUGACCCCCGCACUCAUAAUCGCGUCCCUACCGUUUCCAUAUCGUAGACAGGGUCGACGGCGAUAUCUUGUGCUGCCGUGCUAUCUCAGACUUCGUCAACUUUCCAUCUUAAACGUGUUUGAUCUCGCUCGUACGGCCCCCGGUUCGUACGAACACCUCAGUCGUACGUACAGAUUUUCAGAAACCGUGAAAAAUUAGGCAAAAAAAUAUAUGAAAAGUGUAAGAAAUACGUUAAAGUUUAUUAAAAUACAGUCGCAACCUGCAGCGUUUAUAACAAAUACGAACUACAUACACAUUGUGUCACAGUAAAAAAAUUUUAAAAAAAAUGGCCGCAAAUUGAUGGAAAUAGCGCGCCGUACGCGGAGAAAGGUAAUUAAUUGUACUCAGUCAGCUGUUGUUACGGCGUGGCGUAGCCGCCGGCUGGCUCUCUCUGUUCGCUGAGCUGCGCAUGCGCUGUAUAACUCACUCAACUCUCCGCCCAGACUCGUGACCUUCCAUCAGCAGCCAGCCAAUAGACGCGAGCUUAGCGGAAAAAAAAAUAAAAGCUCCACCGCCCGUGUCCCAGUUUUGUCCAGUUCUAAUACCAGUAACAUAAACGAAUCGUCAAAAAAACGUAACAAAGCCGAUAUCCAAAAACAGUAAAUAAAGUCAUGUACAGUAGAAUCCCGCCGAUGCACGCGGUAGUGUCUAGCUGAGCUCGGUGUUUCCACUAUCGCACGAAAAGCCGUCUCAGCUGCCAUGUUAUCUUACCCGCCCGCACGCACGAAAAGCCGCUGUGGUAGCUUCUGCGAGUGCGUAAGAAACUCGUCCGGCCAGGCUGGCGGUAGCGGUGGCUUGACGUCAUAUGACGUGACGCUUACCUCUCCCAUCCCCUGCUAAUUCUUCAAGGCUCAUCCCUCCCAGAGCUACAAACCAUGUAAACCCCCCCCCCCCCCCCUUUUUAUCAACUAACAUUUCAACACAUUCCCUCCCUUAUUACAAACUUCUGCGUGAGAAACUGUCAGCAUCCUCCUCCCCUCCCACACCGCGUGCGACAAAAGCCAGACUGUAUAGUCCAUUCUCGGUAAAAUAAAUAUUUUUAUGGGCUUAUACGACUGUCCUUCGCCGUUAAUAAAUACUUUAUAAGUUUAAGUUAUUAUGAUACAAUUUGUUUAUUAGUCACACAGCAGUUUCUGCUGAAAAAUCACUAAUACCUCGAAUUUUAUUGAAUAGAAAAAUUUAGCAGGGCCGUAAAUAUAUUUAUUUUAAUGCAUAGUUACUUUUCCAUCUGCAUUCCAACGGUUUUUUUUAUCCCCCGCUGCGAAGGGACGUGGGAAAGAUAAUUGCUUGAGCUGUCAAAAUAAACAUCGCUGACGGCUAGGGUGGGAGCGCAUCCUGUCGGUCUGUCGCUGUGAUUAUCUACUCCAAAACAUCAAAGUCCGAACAGCACUUAUAAAAAAUGUAUUCCAAAUACUAAACACCCGCACAAAGCUCUUACUGAGAAUAAUAAUGGCGUAUUGGUGUGACGUGGUUACAAGUUGAAGAAACCUGGAGGAUGGGAAAAGGAAUAUUUGGAAACGUGUGAUUAUUGGCUAGCACUGUUACUAUGCGGGCGUGAUUGGAAGAUAACGUGGUGAGUCAAGCCAGGAAUAGAGAAGGGGGAGGGGGAUGCGGACAAAGAAACCCUUCAUGACGUCAUGUGUCGCGGACAGUCUAUCUAUCCAGGCGCGCGCAAUGGCACGCACCUACGCAAUUCAGUUACAGCGCCCGGAGUUUUUAAGCAAUUUGAACAAUUUUUAUUUUUAUUUUUUCGUGAUUGGACAGAUGAUGCACAGGCACAUAUUAAUAUAUAGUACCUCCAUUCUAUUACUGACACCACAGAGUGUAUUUUUUAAUAAGUUUCCGUUACAAUUUACUUUCAUUUUUUGGAAAUCUAUAUUAUUAUUUUAAUAAAUUGGUGUUUUUUGAUGGUUCCUGAAAAGCUUUACGUUAAAUCGCUGUUUUCGUUAAAUCCGUGUUCGCAAAAUCGGGGUUCUACUGUACUAGUGUGUUCUCUACGUUAGUUCAUUUCCUUUACCUUGGAUAUAAUAUCUAUAUAGCUCUAUGAAACAAAUUUUGGGUUUUCUUUAAAAUUCUAAACAACAAAUUGACUUAUAUGUUUGGCAAAUGAAAUAGUAUUUUAUUUAUUUAUUAAAUAAGAUCAUGUAAUAUUAUGGUAAUAUAAAAUACAAUAUUGUAUCAGAAUUAAUGUGUUUCAAAAGCAUCUAAUAAAUUAAGGAGAAUUGUAUUUAAAUAAAACUUAAGAAUGUAAUAUCUAUAUAGCUCUGGCCAACAAGUUUUGAGUUCUCUUUAAAAUUCUAAAGAACAAAUUGGCUUAUGUGUUUAGCAAAUUAAAUAAUAUUUUAUUAAUUCAUGAAAGAAGAUUCAUGUAAUAUAAAAUAUAAUGUUGUAUCAGUGUAAAUAUGUUUCAAAGGCAUUUAAUAAAUUAAGUAGAAAUGUCUUAAAA